AUGCUGAUUAUUUUGUUGUUUCAGGAGGACAAAAAAUGUUUCAUAUGUGACUCUGAGGAUCCCUUCCAUGAUACUCUCAAUCCUGAUAGUCAUCGCAUUGAAAAUGUGGUCACCACGUUUGCUCCAAAUCGCCUGAAGCUCUGGUGGCAGUCGGAAAAUGGUUUGGAAAAUGUGACUAUCCAGCUGAACCUGGAGGCUGAGUUUCAUUUCACUCAUCUCAUUAUGACCUUCAAGACAUUCCGUCCUGCUGCAAUGUUGAUAGAAAGAUCAUCUGAUUUUGGAGAAACAUGGCAAGUAUAUAGGUAUUUUGCAUAUGACUGUGAGAGCUCAUUUCCUGGGAUUUCAACUGGACCCAUGAAGAAAGUGGAUGAUAUAAUUUGUGAUUCCCGAUACUCCGACAUUGAACCUUCAACGGAGGGAGAGGUAAUAUAUCGUGUUUUAGAUCCUGCUUUUCGAAUUGAAGAUCCAUACAGCCCACGGAUUCAAAACCUAUUAAAGAUCACAAAUCUGAGAGUCAAAUUCAUCAAGCUGCACACACUGGGAGAUAACCUCCUGGACUCGAGGAUGGAGAUCAGGGAGAAGUACUACUAUGCCAUCUAUGACAUGGUGGUUCGUGGGAACUGUUUCUGCUAUGGACACGCCAGCGAGUGCGCGCCAGUGGAUGGCAUUAAUGAAGAAGUGGAAGGAAUGGUCCAUGGACACUGCAUGUGCAGACAUAAUACCAAAGGCUUAAACUGUGAGCAGUGUUUGGAUUUCUACCAUGACUUACCCUGGCGACCCGCUGAAGGCCGCAAUAGUAAUGCAUGCAAAAAGUGCAACUGCAAUGGCCACUCCAGCCAGUGCCACUUUGACAUGGCCGUGUACAUGACGACGGGGAAUACCAGCGGUGGAGUGUGUGACGACUGCCAGCACAACACUGUAGGACGCAACUGUGAGCAGUGCAAGCCCUUCUACUUCCAGCACCCGGAGAGAGAUCUGCGGGACCCCGACGUCUGUGAGCCUUGCAACUGUGACCCAGCUGGCUCCCAAAAUGGUGGCAUCUGCGAUCGCUACACCGAUUUCUCCACUGGCCUCAUUGCCGGACAGUGCCGUUGUAAAUUAUUUGUCGAAGGGGAGCGCUGUGACCUCUGCAAAGAAGGUUUCUAUGGCCUGAGUGCCGAUGACCCAGCGGGUUGUCAGCCUUGUGCAUGUAAUCCUCUGGGUACCCAUCCCGGGGGGAAUCCUUGUGAUUCAGAGACGGGAAACUGCUAUUGUAAGCGCCUGGUGACAGGAAAGCAGUGCAAUCACUGCCUGCCUGAGCACUGGGGCCUGAGCAACGACAUGGAUGGAUGUCGGCCAUGCGACUGCGACCAGGGAGGAGCGCUGAACAACAACUGCUCGAGUCAGUCUGGCCAAUGCGAAUGCCGGCCCCACAUGUUUGGACGUCAGUGCAACCAGGUGGAGCCUGGCUAUUACUUCAUUUCACUCGAUCAUUACAUCUACGAGGCGGAGGAAGCCAGCUUGGGUCCUGGAGUAAACAUUAUAGAGCGCCAGUACACACCAGAUCGCACACCGUCGUGGACAGGCAUAGGAUUUGUAAGGGUCCCUGAGGGGGCAUACCUGGAAUUCUACAUCGACAACAUCCCCUACUCCAUGGAGUACGAUAUUCUGGUCCGCUAUGAGCCACAGUUGCCAGAUCAGUGGGAAAAAGCUGUGAUCAGCGUCUCGCGCCCAGGCAAGAUUCCCACGGGUAGUCGGUGUGGCAACACAGUUCCUGAUGAUGAUAAUCAGGUCGUCUCGCUGUCACCCGGCUCCAGAUACGUCGUUCUCCCACGGCCUGUCUGCUUUGAGAAGGGGCUGAAUUACACCAUCCGCCUGGAGCUGCCCCAGUACUCCUCGGUGGAUACGGAGACGGAGAGCCCGUACACACUCAUUGACUCUCUUGUUCUCAUGCCAUACUGCAAAUCACUGGACAUAUUCACAGUGGGAGGCUCCGGUGAAGAUGUAGUUACGAACAGCGCUUGGGAAACUUUCCAAAGAUACCGGUGUCUGGAAAACAGCAGGAGUGUUGUGAAAACCCCCAUGACGGACGUCUGCAAGAACAUCAUAUUCAGCAUUUCUGCUCUAUUACACGAGACCGCGUUAUCGUGCCAGUGUGACCCCCAGGGCUCCCUGAGUUCGGUGUGUGACCCCAGCGGAGGACAGUGCCAGUGUCGUCCCAAUGUCGUCGGAAGACAGUGCGACAGAUGCGCCCCUGGCACCUUUGGGUUCGGGCCGAGCGGAUGCCGACCAUGCGAGUGCCACGUCCGAGGCUCUUACAAUGCCUUCUGCGACGCGGAGACGGGCCAGUGCCACUGCUUCCCCGGGGUGUAUGGGCGGCAGUGCGACCGCUGCCUGCCCGGCUUCUGGUGCCUGAGCUGCCGGGACCACACGGCAGGGCACAACUGUGAGAGGUGCCAGCCUGGCUACUACGGAGACCCUGUCCUGGGAUCGGGCGACCACUGCCGCCCCUGCCCUUGCCCCGACGGCCCCGAGAGCGGACGCCAGUUUGCCAGUGGCUGUUACCAGGAUCCGGUCACGCUGCAAGUCGUGUGUGUCUGUAGCGUGGGAUACAUAGGCAGCAGAUGUGAUGAAUGUGCGUCUGGCUUCUUUGGGAGCCCCGACGAGGUUGGGGGGGCCUGGCAGCCGUGCCC